AUGUCCGUACUAAAUUCUAAAAUAUCAAUUAUUGUCUACACAAAGGCAAUAAUUGAUAUUUUAGAUGAUGAGAUGGGGAUUUCUCAAUUCUGGUCAGACGAUCUUAAAGUGUUUGACCAGAUUUAUGGGAAAACAUCAGAUAAAGAUAUAUAUGGGGCGACACUCCCACCGACAAUCAGAUUCAAUAUAAACAGUAAAGUACCAAUCCAAAUCGAAGCAUCUGAGAAGAAAGAGAAAUACCUAACGAGCGGGAAGAACAUUCUUGACUCAGGAUACUAUCCGCCUGAGUUUGGGGAUAGAUAUGCGAAAUUAUUCUCGAAAUCCCUGUAUCCAGGAAAGUCCAAACCAUCAUCUGCAUUACAAUUCAUUAGUUUUUCAGAUAUCAAGCCAAUCAGCGAAUCCACGGAUCCAGAAACGUACAGCUACUUGAAACAUUUGGAAAAAAUGACUACAAAGAAAAACCAAAUUGCAAAAAAACUCAAGGCACAUAGCUUAAACACAGAUUCCGAAGCAGAUGAAGCAUACAGGAGUAUACAAGAUAUAUUGGACGCUCACGAAGCUAAUAAAAACAAUGAUUCACAUGAAGAAGAAUUUCCCGCUAAAACUAAAUCUAAGCAGUACGAUGAAAAAAGAUAUUCUAGAAAUAGGAACAGGAAUAAAGUUAGACCGUUGAAUGGAAAUAGUUUGAAUUCUAGAUGUGUUUCAGGCAGAUGCAGAUCAACUCAAAGCUCCUUCCGUUCUAGACCGUAUGUGAGAAAAAUUAAACAUUAUAUUUACUCUAGACGUUAACUUAAGAAUGCCUUUUCUUUACAUUUUUAAAAUAUCCAUUGUCGUUAACCAUUGUUGAAUUAUUUAUUUCUGGGUCUGAAGAUUAAAAGUUUUAUAGUUAAAAAGGUGGGAAGAGAACAACGCUAGCUUAGAAAUUGUGGAAUAGCUUAGGAAUGGAAUCUGGUAGAGAAUGGCAUCUCAUUCUUCUUCAAAAAGGAAGAGAUUGUAAAUUCAAAAAAUAUUUCUAUAUUUUGAUUGUCCUGUUGAAUUAAUAAGGAUUCUCUAGGGCCGACAACAGACUUUUAUUAGGUUAAGUUAUUUAUUACUUGAUCAAAGCCAUUUUUAGCUUUAAGUAAGACUUUGUUUAUUAUAUUAUUAUGUGAAUUUAUAUAUUUUGUUAUUGUUCUUAAUUUGAUAAAAUUUACUCGUUAAUA